AUGAAGUUAUUCCUAGCUUUGGUUGCUCUCGUAGGCUUUGCCAGUAGUUCUGAAACUGAUGAUCUGGAAAAGUGCAAACUCUUCCUCGAAUGCUGCCACCAAGCCAUGGAUGGUGGAAUCCCAUCUAUUCCAAUUCCGAACCAUAACCCAUUGAAAAUUUCAGAUGUUCUCUAUAACGGGUCAAAACUUUUAACAGAGUAUUCUUUCGGCAUCACUGAUAAUACCCUCUACAACUUGAUUGAUUUCAACAUUACAACUUUGACCGCUACCAGCUACGAAAACCCUGGCAGAGUUGCUUUUGACUACAACGUUUACUGGCACAAAUUGAACUUUACUGGCAACUUUGAAGUUAAUAUUUCCAACUUGCUUUUGAAUCAACACUUCCAGGGAACUUACAAUAUUGUUAUGCGUGAAAUCAACUGGUAUGGUAUUUUCAACCUUACUAAGCCAGGCCAAGAAGGAAUUGAAGAAAAUUUGGAUGGCUUCACUCUCCAUUCUACAACUGAAAGUGUUGAUGUUACCCUCACAGGACUCAAUAGUGUCAUAGAUUUCUCAAUCGAAUCAGCACUUGAAUUGGGAAUCUAUAACAUAAUGAAUAACUUCCCAGCUUCCGCAGCUGAAUUUUUGAGAACGAAACGUUUCAAUGGUUUCUGGCUCGCCAAUCCUUACAAGAUUGAUCAAGUUAUUCAGCACUGCAGGCAAUAA